AUGUUCCACUGUUGUGUCUUUCUGACAUGUUUAUUUACACAGAAUACAGAAAUUGGACCUGAUGAUAGUGGGGGGUCUAACACUCAGAACCAGAAGAUUUCCUUUCUUGAAAACUACCUGGAUCAGCUUACAAAGGUUCAUAAACAGCUGGUACGUGAUAAUGCAGAUCUGCGGUGUGAGCUUCCGAAGCUGGAGAAGCGUCUUCGUUCUACGGCUGAGCGGGUUCGGGCGCUGGAGACAGCACUGAAGGACGCUAAGCAGGGCGCCAUGAACGACCGCCGACGCUACCAACAGGAGGUGGAGCGCAUCCGUGACGCCAUGUGCCUGCGCUAUCCUCUGCGGCAUCCCAACGCUGCCACAUCCUACAGCAAUGCCCUCUUCCUGCAGGAGGAGAAAACUGCACUUCAGAAAACCAACACUGUUGGAUACAGCACUGUGAGAUCCACAGACAUACCGAGCUCCUGUCCGCUCGACGUGGAGAACGGAAAUAGCACAGACAUUAAUGAUAACAGGAAUGAUGUUCACUGUGGCAGCAUGGUAGACGAUGCUUCACGAAUCUACAUCAUGCAACAGGAGAGUGUCCGCCAGUUAAUCAUUUAAUAUAUUCCAGUUGUCUGCAUGCAGCCGUUCAGCCUUCGCCAUCUCCUCCAGAACUUUAAUUCCUAGACUUCUUGGCUCUGCACUGUCUUAUAUUGUAUGGAAUAUCCCUAUCGUUCAUGCAGAGUCGCAUCAUGUAUCCUGUCUCACGUAUCUCACUGUUGCAUGUUUGUCUGUUUAGUAAGAAAACAGCUCAUAGGUUGUAAAUGAACCCUCACACACAGUAGAUAUUUGAAUACACACAUCUGUAUUGCUUGCAUUAUAAUACAGGAGAGAACUAGAAAUAUUUCCCUUUAGUCUUGCUGAGCCUUAAAGACAGACGGUUCAAUAUUGUGAAGAUUCACAUAUAACAGUGUGUGUGUGUUUCAUUGUGUAGAUUUUGAUAAUAUUAUAUUCAAGUACUGACUACCUCCAAUUGUGGGAAAAAAACAAAACCUUUUCAGUAAUAUUUGAUUUGCAUUGGAUUUGAUAUGAUUGGGAUGAAAAUUGCUGUAUGUCAAGGGAACAUAUCUGAGAUUUACAGAUGCUGCAGUUCUGAAACACUCCAAAUGUGUCAGUUAUUCUGCCAGAUAUUCUGACCAAUCACAGCUCUGAUUUCUCUCGCAAAAUCCUGAUCAGCCAAUCAGGAUGACAGAAUGAAGAGCGUCUCUGGCCUGUAUCUGUGUGAUGUUUCCCUGCAGGAUCUCGUAAGGUUUCUCUGUCAGAUGAAUGCGUGAUUCCAUUCCUUACACUUUUCUUAUAAGUCUCUUUCAGGAUGUGUUUAGACUGAUUCACUCGUAUAAUUAGCAAGACAAUGAAUGCCUGAGGCCGCAGAAACUGUAUUAUGAUGAAGGUUUAAUCAGAUUUAGUUGGCACUGAAAUGCUUGCUUCUCUCACUUCUUCCCCAAGUCAAACCUCUGUCGUCACCAUUAAGAAGAGUAAAUACUUCAGAAACAGAUGAAGAGAGUUUGUGCAAUAGCUCAUCUGAUUUACUCGAGAUAUCCUUAUUGAAGGUUGUUUUAUGUGAUAUAUAUGUACAGUGUGCUAGUUUGCUGGAAGCUGAUUCGAGAAAUAAAUGUGAUUCAAAGAAAA